GAAGAAUUCACUUCUUUGAAAAGAACAAAGACAUUUAUACAGAUUUGGAACAACUCGCGGUGUAAACUCAGACCUAAUCACCAUGGCUACAGCUAUAGAUGUCUUUCGACACCUUCGGUGUCCCAUCUGUAAGAACCUGUUUGUAGAUCCAGUCACCACAGGCUGUGGACACAGCUUUUGCCAGCGCUGUCUAGACCAGCACAUAAGAAUGAGUAAUCAACAAUGCCUCAUCUGUCAGGAGACUGUGUACACCCAACGCAGCGUGAACACUGCUCUCAAAACUAUUCUGCAAGAGUUUCUCCAGGUGCAGAUGGCCGACCUGAGUCUCUGCACGGGAGGAAGAGGUGAGAUCCCCUGCGACAUCUGUGAGGAAAGCCUGCCUUUAAGAGCUGUGAAGUCCUGCUUGACCUGUUUGCACUCGUACUGUGAGCGGCAUCUGAAGCGCCAUCAGUCUUUGAGUAGGCACAGGGGUCAUAAACUGGUGAGUCCGGUGGAGAGACUGGAUGAGAAAGCGUGUCGUUUCCACGGCAGACCUCUGGAGCUCUACUGCAAACGGGACAAGCGCUUGAUCUGCACCUUAUGUGUGAAGACUGGGGAAGAUGUUGUAUCUAUCGAGACGGAGAGAGCGAGGAGAGAGGCUGAACAGCAAAAUGCUAUUAAAGAAUUGGAAAGUAUGACAAACCAGAGUGAGAACAAACUUGAGGAUCUUCAAAACACUGUCACAAAAUACCAGGAAAGUUCAGAUAGACAGAGAGCAGAGGGAAAUAAAGGAGGUGUUUGCUGA